UGCUCAGAGACAGAUAAAGAGGAACAGCUAGAUGAAUACAAAUUUAAACAGAGAAAAAGUUGUUCAAGCUAACUUUUGGCUUUACUAAAACAUUUAAAGCUUAGUUAACUUGUUCAGUUUAAGUUUGUACUUAGAAUUUAUGUGGAAAACAGAGAAAAUGACGAGUCUGCUGUGCAUCACAAUUAUCUCCCUGACCCUGGCUGUCAGUGCAUACAGUCAGCCGAUGAACCUUCCUUUACGACCAACAGUUAUGGUUUUGGGAAUCCUGGGUGACAACAUCACCCUGCCCUGCCAGCUCCCGUCCAAAGAUGUCAUGGCCCAUGCUAACAUUGGUAUCCGAGUCAAAUGGACCAAAGUGGCAGAAGAUGAAGCACUGAAUGAGGACGUGUUGCUUUCGAUGGGAUUCCACAAGAAGACCUACGGAAGCUUCGCAGACCGUGUAUUUCUGAACGAGGUCGACAAUGAAGAUGCCUCCAUAACAAUCACAGGUGUCUCCUCAGCUGAUGCUGGAAAAUACCGCUGUGAGAUCAUCAACGGCAUGGUAGACAUUAUAGAAGAGGUUACCUUGGAUGUUCAAAGUAUUCUCACUGAAGGUGUUGUGUUCCCGUACUCUCCCAGUGUGGGCCGCUACAACCUGAACUUCAACAAUGCUACACAGGCCUGCCUGAAACAGAAUGCUUCCGUUGCCACCUUAGAGCAACUGCAUGAGGCGUGGAAGGGCGGCCUGGACUGGUGCAAUGCUGGCUGGCUGAGUGAUGGCACAGUGUAUUAUCCCGUCACCAAAGCCAGAGGGCCUUGUGGUGGCAACAAAGGGCCUGGCCUCAUAAGCUACGGAAUUCGCAACAAACAGAUGGGUCGCUAUGAUGUUUUCUGCUUUGCUUCUGCACUCAAGGGACGUUUCUAUUGGCUGGUACAGCCCGACAGACUGACCUUUGACGAGGCUGUGCAGGCAUGCGUAGAUGAUGGGGCAGAGAUUGCCAAGGUGGGGCACAUGUACUCCGCCUGGAAGCUCGAGGGCUACGAUCGCUGCGAUGCUGGCUGGCUGGCUGACGGAAGUGUCCGCUACCCCAUCUCCAGGCCCCGCAGAAACUGCAGCCCCACAGAGGCUGCUGUGCGCUUUGUUGGAUUCCAAGACAAGAUGCAAAAGUCUUACGGUGUCUAUUGCUACAAGGAUGAGUAGUGAAGCGCUAGGUAGGGGUAGGAAAGACAACCACCAAAGAGAAGCAACAGCCACAACCAUUAAAAUAAAGCAGAUACGCUUUGGAUCUUAACUAGCAUGAGCUCAAUACCUUUCUGAAACUGUGAUUACCUUCUUUUAUCUGCUAAAGAAAGAAAUACUUUAUGUCUUACGUCCAUAAUUCAGAAUGACAAAAUAUUUCAGAGCCACUCAGUUCUCUUUUUUUCUAUCUUUAAUUAUAGACAGACUCUCGGAUAAAAGGCAACAGUGCUAAUGUAUGAGUGAUGUGACUUGAUGGUUGUGAAACAUGACCUAAGUUAGACUUGUCCUCCACAGAAUGAUUAGAUGUGUGAAGAUUAAGAGCAUUUACACUCAACUUUAGAAACAGAAAUGUGAUUUGUUACCCAUUUACCAAGUAUCCCAUCAAUGAGGGACCUCAGAUUGAUAAAAGUCAUGAACAUAACUACCACUGUUGAACUAUGGCCAUGUACGUACAUGUUAUAUUGCAGUAAGUAUUCAACGGGAUUCCUCUCUAAUCAGAGUUAAUGCUCUUUUUCCUAUGUUUUUCAACAAGAAAAUAACCAGAAAAUGUUUGUAAAUGUCUUGAUGGACUUUGACCUUUUCUGCAUUAAUAGCUCCUUUUAUAUCAACCUCCAAUUACACUUUGAAAUACAGUUUUAGUAAUGUAUGUGGUAUGUUUGUCUUAACAAACUUGGUAUUGUACAUGUUCAUGUUUUUUUAAGACAAAAAACAACAGAUUGUCAUAUUUCUUUUGUGACAUAUUGUUUUUAGGGAAUAACAAAAAACAGCAAGAUUUCAGCCAAAUAAUGCAGAAGUACACAUCUUCCUCUUUUGCUCUGAACACAACCUUUUACCAAGUUAUGUUUCAGAGUUAUAGCAAUUCCCUACAGUAGCUAUAAUUACAACUAACAAAUGCUGAAACCCACCUUGACUAAAGAGACAGUUUCACAAAUUCUCACCUGUUAAGGUACAUUUCUAAACUAAUCUAAAAAGGGUCAAACGGACCACAAAGAGCAUGUUUUGUACAUACCAAGCAGGUAAUCUAAAGGUUUGCCACAACCAGAUGCACCCUUUUUAGCUACUGAUUUAAUAUUGUGUUUUUUCUAACCCUAUGGUACUUACUGCAGGUUACAUCUGGUGAUACAUUUCCAAAACUUAACUCACAUUAAAUUU